CCUGCUGGCCUGUGUGUGUGUGUGUGUGUCUUGGGUUUGUUAGGUGGGGGUGCGGUGAAAAGGGGGAGCAAGAGGGUUUGAGGAGGCGUGGUCCUCUGCGCUGCGCGUCGCUAAGCGCAAAUUUGGCAUAUAAACGCAAAAAGAGCAGCGGUCCAGUGCAGCCAGUAGCGCACUGUGCGACCUGAGGAAUUCAACAGGUACCUAUAGACAUUUCUGAGCUCUCUUUCUUCCAGCGUGGAUGUACAGUCUGAAGGAGAGCCGACUGCCUGCACCUUUGUGUGAUGGAAGGGAUUAAAGAUUCCCUGGAUUGGAAAAUUGUUACUCUGCAAUAAUCUCAAGGCGUCCUGGCAUCUGGAAUAUUGCAAUUUCUAAUCAAUUUGGAGGAAUUUAAAGACAACAAAAAGUAUUCUUCGUUCAGCCGCAGUAUCAUCCCCGUCAUGAAAAGCUCCUUUCCUUUCCCGGGCUGGGUCAGAGUGGCAAGCUUGUUUCUGUGUUUGACCCAGACUGUUCUGGCCAUGGUCCUCACCAACUCCACACAACUCGAGUCCAUUCUGGACAAGUACAGGGACAAGGAUGAGGAGUGGUGGAGGGCCAGGUCGAGAGGGAAGAGGGCCAUCAGUGAGGGAGACAUGCACCUCAUCCUGGACUUGCACAAUAAGCUGCGGGGUCAGGUCCACCCUCCUGCCUCCAACAUGGAGUACAUGGUAUGGGAUUAUGAGUUAGAGAGGAGUGCAGAGCACUGGGCCUAUACCUGCCGAUGGGAACAUGGACCGAGCCACAUGUUGACACAAAUUGGCCAAAACCUCGGAGCACACUGGGGCAGGGACCGCCCCCCUACGUACCAUGUCCAGGCUUGGUAUGAUGAGGUGAGGUACUACAGCUAUCCUUACUCCCAGGAGUGUAACCCACACUGCCCAUUCAGAUGUUCAGGACCUGUCUGUACUCACUACACUCAGUUGGUGUGGGCGACGAGCAAUCGUAUCGGCUGCGCCAUCAACGUGUGUUACAACAUGAAUGUGUGGGGAAUGAUCUGGGCUAAAGCGGUCUAUCUGGUCUGCAACUACUCUCCACCGGGCAACUGGUGGGGUCAUGCUCCAUACAAAUAUGGUGCUCCCUGCUCUGCCUGUCCAGCUAGCUAUGGUGGAGGCUGCAGGGACAAUCUCUGCUACAAAGAUGGGGGUGUUGACAGGCGUCCAGCUCCAGAGCUUGAAGAAAGCAACUACAUUGAACCUGAACCAGAACCGGUCAGGGACAGGGAGCCCCAACCAAGAGCCCAGGCACCAAGUCCCUCACCCAAUGACAACCUGGAAAGAAACCAAGUUGUCAGCACAGAGCAGAUGUGCCAACAGGUCGAAUGUGAGACGAAGCUGAGAGAUCAGUGCAAGGGAACGACCUGUAACAGAUAUGAGUGUCCACCUGGCUGCCUUCACAGGGCUGGAAAAGUAGUUGGGACUGGAUAUUAUGACAUGCAAUCCAGUGUGUGUGGAGCUGGGUUACACUCUGGUGUUAUUGACAACGACGGUGGAUGGCUCGACGUGACCAGACUGGGCAGAAAACAACAAUUCAACAAAUCAUACAAGAAUGGGAUUCAGUCAAUUGGGAAAAACAGGAGUGCCAAUUCCUUCAAAGUAGAGACGGUGCCUGUCAAGGCAGUAAGGUGUGAUACCACCGUGGCACUUUUCUGCCCUUUCAAGAAACCUGUACGACACUGUCCAAGGUUGUACUGUCCCAGGAACUGUGUACAUGACAGUCGAGCCCGAGUCAUUGGGACGAAAUACUACACAGAUAAAUCUAGUAUCUGCCGAGCAGCCAUUCACGCUGGAGUGAUCCAGAAUGAGUCUGGAGGGUACCUCGAUGUGAUGCCAGUGGACAAAAGGAACCAGUACAGUGGUAGUUACCAGAAUGGCAUCACCUCAGAGAGCCUACUGAACCCAACAAGUGGAAAAGCCUUCAGAGUAUUCGCAGUCAUCUGAAAAACCACUCUCAAAGGACAGAGUACAUGGCCACUUCACAUCCAGCAAAACCCACUCAUUAUUGUCUUACAACCUGUAAUUAUGUUCAUACCUACAGUAAAUAAUUCAGGCUCCGACACUAAAAGUGCAACAGGACUUUAUUCAAGGCUUCCCCUCAAACUUUGGCCAUGAGUGAAUCAGUGUCCAAUAAUAGCAUCAGCAAAGGAUGUUUGGUGGAUGAUGAUCUUGGAUGUCUUUUGCCUUACGUCUUUUCUAUAUUUCUAGAGCUGACCGUAAUAAUCACAUUGGGCUGCCGUGUAUCUUUUUUGCUGACAUGACAUCAUGACAUCAUGUUUUCUUAAUACUUAAACUAUAUGCACCAUGAGAUUCAGCACCGCUCCAAAUGCCCCCCACAAUUUCAGACAUUAAAGUUAAGAUACAGUCAUAAAAGCUCCUCACUUUGUGGGAACAAAGUUAGGUUAGCCAGAACAUUUGUGCUGAAAUGAAUUGGCAUUUGUUGCUCAUUUCUAUGUAGGACCAAACCAGACCAAAAUGAAUAAGCACAAUUACAAACAACUAGAUAAUGUUUGAUGAAUAACUAUUGGGCAGAAUUAAAUGGUUAGAUAAGAUAGCAUACUAAUAGUUGCAGCUUACUUCUAUGAUGAAACCCCACCAGGCAUCUUUCUGUCAUAUUGCGCCCAUGAAGCUGUUUUGGUCAGUUCUCCAUGCGACUUCAAAUCCCACCAGCAGUGUUUCAAAAGGUCCCAUAUGGACUAGCGAUUAGGAUUCCUGGUUUUCACCCAGGCGGCCCCGAUAUGGGAACAGUUCCAUCUCAGUUGGUGGAACAUGCUACUAGUUCCUACCAGAGAACCUACUACUACUCUUUAGAGAAUCCCUCCUUUCCUAACACUACCAACAACUGGGCAUGCUAAAGCUAUCCCCCUCUACAACUGUCACUUGCCUGCAAAGUUUUAACUUGCUCUUUGUCAUUUUACCCUGUUUUAUGUGCUUCUGCUGAGUGUAUAUGCUACGUACUACAAUCAGAAGUUUGCAUAGGGUGUUUUAUUUUGAAAUCAACCAAAUUCUCUAUGCCCUCGCUGCUGAUUGCAGCAUAUGUCAAAAAUAAAAUAACUGUGAUUGUCAGCAUAGCAGAGCAGAAAGCUGCUUCUGAAAUGGACCACAUCACUUUUGGUGGAAGUUCAAACAAUGACUAGAACGGCCGUGAUUAGCGCCGUCUAUCGCGUUGCAGCUGGAAUAUGUCGUAUACUUGCCUGGUGGAUUUUAGCCAAUACGUUCCUUCGACUCUGGCUCUUGUCUUUUUUAAUUCUGGAAAGGCUAACCAUCCCCCAAACAGUUUAAAUGCACAGUACUUAUUUUUCUCUAGCCCUGAUGCUGAUGUGCGAUUGAACAGUCUCUGUUCAGGGGAAGGGCUUAACAAGUGUUAAAUUCAGGGGGGAACUUUUGUGGUACGCCCACUCACUUGAGUGGUAUGUGUGCUGGGAGUUAUUUCUAACUUUGCAUAUUGAAAAUAAAGUUAAUUAUGUCAUGUUAUGAAAAGCAAUGCACACAACAAGGACUUCUUUUCAUGUAUUUACCUCCUAUAAAGUAAGCUUUGGGCCUCCAUAUAUUGUUUCAUUUCAUCGGUGGUAAUAUACAGUGUAGCAACAAUGCAGGCAGUAAAAUACAGAUUGUAUAUUUUUGUACAUAUAAUGAUGUAAAUAUUACUGAGCAACAUGCUAUGAAAUGCUUGCUACUGUUGACCUUUCGUUUUCAUUCCUAACACCUUGCCAGCCUUACAAAGUCAAAUACGUAAUAAGCAAUAGAUUCUGAACCAGUGUCUGCAUGCGAGACAUAUAUUUGUCACUCUCAGCUUUUAUUUUCAUAAAUUUCACCAUAAUUUGAGUAUAUUCCUAUGUUUGUAAAUAUUGUGCAUGUAACAUAUUGUUUUAUUUCAUGCUAAUUUUCCCAGCUUUUGUUUAUAGAUUUAUAUAAAUGGACCCUGGCUGGCCAGGAACGUGCAUGGCAGAAUUAUAAUUAAAAUACUUGGGGAUAAAAA